UAGAUAGAUAGAUAGGGAAAUUUACUAAGACACAUGGUUUUGUUCACACAUUCAUAAGAACAGACAUGACUUUUAAAAAAAUAAAUAAAUAAAUAAAAAAAACUUUGGCCACUAGAUGGCAGUAAUGGUGCACAAAGUCUGAAUUUUGGCCGGCCUAGGAGGCAUAAUUAAUAUUCUUUUGUCGGAUUUUAAUAGCUUUUAAAUCCUACUAAAUACAGCUACUCUCUAAGCUCAAACCACAGUUUUCUAACAAAUCGGAAACAGAGCAAAUGCAGGUAUUACUGUGGGAGAACAACCACGCCCCUUUUGAAGCAACAUUCAUCUCUGAGCUGUACAGGUUCAGAAAUCGGAUUAAAAUCGGAUUAAAGGUCUGACCACAUUUCUCUGGACAGCUGUACUCAAUCAACAUGUAUUUUAUUCAUCUUCUUUCAUUUUUGUACAUUUUGCAUAUGUAAAUAAUUGCCCUCACUUUCCCCUAAUUUAUUGUACUUUUUUUCUUUUACUAGUGCCUUAAAAUUUCAAAAAUUGAAACAGAUAGACAGAAGGGAAUCUUUCUGUUAAGCAUUUUUUUAAAUCUAUUUAGAUUUUUUUUUUUUGACUGAUUAAAAGCAAACCCGGAGCUCACUUACACUAUAUUGCCAAAAGUUUUGGGACACCCCUCCAAAUCAAUUCAGGUGGUGUUUUUCAGGGGUUCGACUCGGCCCCUUAGUUCCAGUGAAAGGAACUCUUAAUGCUUCAGCAUACCUUGACAUUUUGGACAAUUUCAUGCUCUAAAUUUUGUGGGAACAGUUUGGGGAUGACCCUUUCCUGUCCCAACAUGAAGGUCCAUAAAGACAUGAAUGAGCAGAGCUCUUUUCUUUCUUUCUUUCUUUCUUUCUUUCUUUCUUUCUUUCUCAAACCUAUAACUUUACAGCAACAUUCUGAAUAUCAGCUGCCAGAGCUUGAGAGGAAUGGAAAAAGAUUUCCAAUCCUAUUGGUGUCCAGCCUGUAGCUUUACUAUAUUCAUGAAGACAUUAGGCUGUAGUCACUGCUGAGGUUGCUUCACUCAUAAAGAAUACAUGAAUACUGCAUACAUGCAUAUAUAACACAUUUGGCAGUUAUACUGCUAUUGCACAGCAAAGUGUGAUAACCUUUCUGAUUAUUAAUAGUGUUGACAACUACAUCAUUUCCUGUUAUCAUAGAGUUAAGACUAAGACCACAAGCAGUGGAUGAUGUCUGUGUGAACAUGCAGCAGCUGCAUCCAAAGACCAAAACAUGCACAGCUUCAUCUGAUUGCAAGGUCAUCAUAUUUGAUCUUGGUCUUCUACUGCUUGGAGCUUCAGCGUCACUCUGUGCUGUAGGGAUCUUGUGUGCAAGGAUACCUGACCACACCACCAGGCACACGCGUCAUCAUCUUGCAUGGGCCAGGGAGCAUUUACGCUGAACAAGGACCAAUGGGCCUCAGUGCUGUUCUCUGAUGAAUGUCGAUUCACGCUGAGCAGAAAUGAUGGCCGUCAACGAUGUUGGAGACGUCAAGGAGAGCGCUAUGCAUCAGCCACUGUUGUGGUGGUGUUACAGUCUGGGCAGGCCUAAUUUCAUCUUCAUGGACGACAAUGCUCCAGCUCAUCGAGGUCGCAUCAUUAGGGAACGGCUGCUGGAGGCUGGGGUACCUCAAAUGGAGUGGCCUGCACUUUCUCCAGACCUCGUAACCCUGCACCCCAGAACCUCAAUAACCUGAGGCCCGCCCUUCAAGAAGAGUGGAAUGCCAUGCCUCAGCAGAUGAUGAGUUGACUCCUGAACAUCAUGAGACGUCGUUGUCAAGCUUUUGAUUCAAUAAAUAGUUUGAGAUGAGGAAAUCACCAUUGCAUGCUUCUCCUUAAAAGCCCUACUUUCAUGAUAUAAUAUCACUGUAGCUUGAACUUUUCAUUCUAGAAUAAAAAAAUACAUACUUUACAUAAUUUAUUACAAAUGCAGUUUUUUAUUGCUCUGUAAAUGAAUUUAACCCUGACUAUUCUUCUUCAACAGAUCACAAUAAAGUGGCCUCAUAUGAGAUAUUAAGUGAGCAGAAUGCUAAUGUCACUGCAACACUGAGGACCAGAGAACACAAAGCCAAGGGUUAAGUGGUUUUAAGAGCUUCCUGUUUCUUUUAAUAGUUUGUGGUGGCUGUUCUGUACAUGUGGAUGAAAAAACACCAUUUUUGGAGUUUUGUGCUUCUUAUUUUUUGUAACUAUCACUCUAUAUUUUCUGGUUUAUUAUCAUCAUCUACAAACCAUUUUGCAUAAAAAAUUGUAUUAUAGUCAUAGAUAUCGAAAAACUGUAUGAAGAACUGAAGGUGGAGCAUCAGCAAGUUCAGGAAGAAGUAAACAACAUACAUGAUUUCUUCUUGCUAGAGUGAACUGAGGGUGUGACUUAACCUGAAUUCACACUAACAAGCAGAAGUCACUCAUUUCAUGUGUUGUGAAGCGAUAGAGAGGUUUGGAAAUGCAAGCCAUCUAUGAAGAGGUGAGUUUUGAACUGGACAAAAUGGACAGUAGGGAAAACUAUCAUUCUCCAACAGAAACAGAGGAUGAUGUUUAUGUGAAUACGGAAGACUGCAGCCAAAAGCUGAAAAUAUCCACAGGACCACAAGCAGUGGAUGAUGUCUAUGUGAACAGACAGCAGCUGCAUCCAAAGACCAAAACAUGCACAGCCUCAUCUGAUUGCAAAGUGGUCAUAUUUGUUCUUGGUCUUCUACUGCUUGGAGCUUUAGCAUCACUCUGUGCUGUAGGGAUCUUGUAUCACAGUAAAGUUGUUUCUACUGAGAUAUUAAGGGAGAGACAUGACAAUGCUACAUCCGAACUGAUGGUGCUAAAAGACAAUGCCACUGAGACAGAAAGAUUGUAUGAAGAACUGAAGGUGAAGCAUCAUGAGUUUGUCUCUACAUACAGUAAGACAGAACAACUGAAAGAAAUGCUGAAGGCGAAAUAUCAGCAAGUUCAUGAAUGUCUCUCUGCGUGCAGUGCAAAACAAACCUGUACACUUUGUGAGGAAGGAUGGAAGACUCUUGGUUUAAAGUGUUACUACUUCUCCACUGAUAAACUGGACUGGACACAGAGUAAAGAUUACUGUGUGGAGAAAGGAGGCCACCUGGUCAUUAUAACCAGCCAAACUGAACAGGAUUUUGUAGUUUCACAAAUCAGAGAAACACACUGGAUUGGCUUGAAUGACUUGGAGACUGAGGGGCAGUGGAUGUGGGUGAACAACCAGCCCGUAACGGAGAUGGGUGUAACGUUCUGGUAUAGAUCUCCACAGGGAAUAAGUGAGCCUGAUAACUGGAGAGUGGAAGACCCUACUGGAGAGAACUGCGCUGCUCUGGGUCAUGAAGUGGGUAUCACAGAUAAAUGGUUUGAUGCUUCAUGUCGUAAGCUGAAACAAUUCAUCUGUGAAAUAUAAAAUACCUCUCUUGUACUUGGAUUUGUGUAAAGAUCAGAUUUACCUUUAAAUGGAUGGUAACUACUUUUUAGACUAGAGCGAAUCUUUUACAUAAUCUGUAAUAUGUCACAUUUUAAAAGGUCUUGGAUUUCAGACCUGUAGGUUCAAAUGCUUAAUGGUUUUUAAAGGGAUUAUCUAAACUUGUGUAAACCUCUAGACCAGAAGAACUAGAUUAGAGGAUGGUAUGAGAUCAUUUCCAUUUCCUUGUAUAAAUGUCAGCAUUUGACAACAGAUUGACUAUCAUGAAAAUCUUCAUUAGAACU